UUCUGGUUAAAAAGAUGAAAUUUUCUGCGGAAUUUAAUGCAAGAAUUAAAGAGCCAUGGAGGGAUUCAUAUAUGGAGUAUGCAAGUCUCAGCAAUUUACUAAAAGCCAAAACGAUAGACGAAUGGGACGAACAAUGCGAAUCUGAAUUUAACGCCUGUUUUCUAACUGAGUUAGAAAAGGUAUACUGCUUUGUGCAGAUCCAUCUAGAUGGACUUGUCAAACGCAUCGACAACUUUGACAAGAUCCUUGAAGGAAAAAAUGACUUUAUGAUGAAUAUAAAGUAUGAAGCUAUUGCGGACGAUAUUGCAGAAACACUGAUUGACGUUGACGAACUGGCAAAGUUUCACAGUCUUAAUGUAGAAGCGUUUGAAAGAAUUGCCAAAAGACAUGCUCGAUACACGGAACGUAUACAGCAAGCUUUUAAUUUUGAAAAUGCUCUCGCAAUAUAUCCAUUAUAUAAUCAGUGGUUUGAUCCAUUGUUUGUUCUUUUAUCAGAAAUGUACAAUUUAUGCAAGCGCAAGGGGGAAAUAGAGGUAGUGGAUAAAGUUGCGGAUGAACCUGAUCAAGUAGAGUUUGAAAGAGAAACGAAGAAGUAUUGGAUUCACCCCGAUCAUAUUGCAGAAGUAAAAGCCAUCAUUUUAUUACAUCUUCCCGUUCAUGUUCAGGGCCAAGGCAAGUCAUACAAGGCAACCGAUGCAGCUGUAUCAAGCGUAUAUUAUGACAACAAGUCAUUUGAUAUGUACAGGCAAAAGUUACUUCAAAAGAAAGGGUCUGAAACUGUCCGUGUCCGUUGGUAUGGCAACUGCGAUAGCCUUAGUGACGAUGUUUACGUGGAGAAGAAAACGCAUCGGGCAGAAUGGCUGGAAGGGAAGUCCGUGAAAGGCCGUUUUAAAAUCAAGGGGCAACAAGUCAAUGACUUUAUGAACGGACGUUACGGCGCAGAAGAGUAUGAAGCUGAAAUGGAAAAGAAAGGCAUUUUAGAUAGUGAAAUUAUAGAGAGUAGAUUAUUUAUAGCAAAGGGCAUACAGUCAUUAGUUAUGAACCGCAAGCUGCAACCGGUAUGCAGAAUAUUCUAUAAUCGCCUAGCCUUCCAAUUACCUGAUGAUCAGAGGCUUAGGAUCUGCCUUGAUAGCAACUUGACUUUUAUUCGUGAAGACCAUCUCGAUGGGAAGCAAAGACGACUUCAAGAUGGUUGGCGUAGAGCUGAUGUGGAUAUAAAUUACCCUUUUCACAACGUUGACGAAAAUGAUAUUUUACGUUUUCCUUACGCCAUCCUCGAAGUCAAGGUCCAGAAACAUUUGGGACAGGAAAUACCUAGUUGGUUAUCUAGUUUGUUAAACAGUGACAUAGUUCACGAAGUAUCUAGUUUUUCAAAAUAUGUCCAUGGUGUAAGCCACCUCUUUAAGGAUAUUGUCAACGAACUACCACCAUGGCUUUCUCAACUUGACCAAAAUAUACGAAAACCUGCUGGCUCUCGUGAUGGAAUAACAAGGUCGCAGAGUUUUAAAGCUUUAUUUAACGGUAGACACAGACGCUCACUGAUGCAAAAUGAUGAAAAAAACAAUAGCGGUAGCCUCAAGAUACAGGUUGAAGAAUCGCUUUUUAAAGAGAGACUAGAAUCAAUCAACUGGGGAUUUGACAACACCAAUAAAAGGGGAAGGAUUAAUGCACCUAUUUCAAACAGAGUGCAUAUAAACCAAGAAAAUAGAAUUCAUGGUCAGCUUGUUGAUAUACCAGAAAAAACAGAGCUUACCGAUGAACCAGGCAUCACAUCUAGACGAACUUUUGUAUCCCGCAUGGUGCAAAGAUACAAGGAGAGAAGAAAGAAAGAGAAAAGCGACGAAGAAAACCCUUCGCCAGUGGGCCCCUCAGCUCCUGUAAGAACUAUGACAAGAUACUCAUCCUUCCACCCAGCGAAACAAGACCCAAAAGUCUUUUUUGCCAAUGAACGCACAUUUCUCACUUGGCUUCAAUUUUGUGCCGUGCUUCUUACUAUUGCACUAAAGCUAUUAAAUACCGGUGAUGGUAUAACCCGUAUAGUUGGCACCGUCUUCCUCUCGCUAUCUGCCUUCUUAUCUAUGUAUGCCCUUGUUCGUUUUCAUUUCAGAGCAUUUCGGUUACAAACUGGUCGUACAGAUCUUCGUCUCGAUGACAUUUACGGGCCAGGUGUAUUGUGUGUAUUACUUGUAGCAGCUCUAGCUUUCAACUUUUACGUUCGUAUCCCACUUUUAUUCUCUGAAGAAAGAACAAGGAUUCUCCCAAAUCCGUACUAGACUGCCUUUAUAUUACACUGGGGCUCAUGACACUGAAUAAACUUGUAUUGAUUUUGACUGUAAAUAAGCAGAGGCACUAAUUUCAAACAUGUGUAAUCAAGGAGUCAGCCUCUUACAAUAAAAAACUUACAAUAAUAAUACGAUUAUAG